GUAGACCUUUGCUGUAGACGAAAACAGUAACCUCUAUUUUUAUUUGAAAUGCGAGAAAGCCACAUUUAUUUUUAUUUUAAAAUAAAUAAAGUGUAAUAAUAUGGCAAAGAAUAAAAUAAAGAAACAGUCUAAACGACAACCGGCAAGACUACGAUAUAGGAUUCAGAAAAAAGUAAGAGAUCAUAAUAAAAAGUUGCGAAGGGAAGCGAAGAAAAAUCCUAAGAGAAACAAACCAAAAAUAAUACAAGUUCCAAAUAUAUGCCCCUUCAAAGAAGACAUUUUAAAAGAGGUAGACAAGUUAAAGAAGCAAAAAGAAGAGGAAAAGCUAAAGUUAAAAGAAGCCGCUAAAUUAGAGAAACAAAAAGAAAAAGAAAACUUAAAAAAGGGUGGAUUAACUGCAUUGGUAUCAAAUGCAACAGUAAGGGAUAAAUUAUAUGAAACACUUACACCAACUUCGGUUGAUAAGGAAUAUAAUAAAAAUACUGAACAGUCCUUAAAGCAAUAUUAUAAGGAAUUCAAGAAGGUCAUUGAAGCUGCUGAUGUUAUUUUAGAAAUUGUAGAUGCUAGAGAUCCUUUGGGCACACGUUGCAAACAAGUCGAGGAAGCUAUAAAUAAAUUACAAAACAACAAAAGAUUGGUUCUAGUAUUGAACAAAGCUGAUCUUGUUCCUCGUGAUAUUCUAGAUAAAUGGUUAAAAUAUUUAAAGAAAAUGACCCCAGUGGUAGCGUUUAAAGCUUCUGUUCAAAAUCAAAACAGAAAUUUGGGACAGAGAAAGUUUAAUAAAUCCGAUAAAGGUUUACAAGGAUCAGCUUCAGUUGGCGCUGAAAUGAUAAUGUCAUUGUUAUCAAAUUAUUGUAGAAAUAAAGGGAUCAAGACUUCUAUCACUGUUGGUGUAGUAGGUUUACCUAAUGUUGGAAAAAGCUCGGUUAUUAAUAGUUUGAAGAGAUCUCGUGUUUGUAAUGUAGGUGCAAGUCCAGGUAUAACAAAAGCAACACAAGCUGUUCAAUUGGAUUCAAAAAUUAAACUUUUGGACUCUCCUGGAAUAGUGUUUGCAGCCGGGAAUGACAGUCAUGCAGCUCUAAGAAAUGUUGUUAAGAUAUCAGGAAUAACUGACUUUGUUACCCCUGCUAAUGCAAUUUUACAGAGGGUAUCAAAACAACAAAUGAUGGACAUGUAUGAUAUAACUGAAUAUAACUCACCAGAGGAAUUUUAUAGUUUAAAAGCUACAAGAACUGGUAAAUUUAAAAAAGGUGGAGUACCAGACUUGGCUGCAGCUGCAAGAAGUUUACUUGAGGACUGGAACAGUGGCAAAAUCUCUUAUUAUACAGUACCACCUGAAGCAGAGUCAGAUAGUGUAUAUAAGAUAGUUUCAGAGGUAGGAAAGGAAUUUGAUAUAGAUAACUUUGAAACAAUGGAAACAGAGAUGUUGGAUAAAAUACAAAGUGAAUCAAGUGUUCAAAAAAGUAAGUUUAUUACUCUAGACAGUUUGGGACCAGUGGAUGCAGUAGAAGAUAUGGAAGAAGAUAUAGACAGCAAUGAUUUGUUGAACAAAAAUAUAAAUGUAAAAAAUAAGGAGAAAACUAAACAAGUUAAAGAAAAUACAAGAGAAAAAAAGGUUGAUCCUGAAAUGCUUCUAGAGGGAAAUUUAAAAUUGAAUCAAGUCAGGAAAAAUCAAUUUAAGAAAGAGAAGAAACAAAGAGGUAGAAGAGAAAAGGUUGCACAGCAAUUAUCUGCAGGUUUAGAAAACUUUAGUCUUGGUUCGGAUUCUAAAGAAGAUUAUGAUUUUAAUGAGGAUUUUAAAAUGUCUUAAUAUUAUAAGAGCAAAAAUAUCUAUAAAUACAGAUAAUAUAAAAAUACUAGAGAAGUGUUUGUAAUCUUUAUAUUAUUAAACAAGAUAUAAUUUUA